GUUAACAACGCGUUCUGCUUGCUGCUCACGUGCGAGCAAUUACUUGAGAAACAUUCCACAUUGUUUUUCUAUUUUAACGGUUAUUGGCGUCGUAUUGUCGCAAAUAUUUAUUCAAUUAUUUAAGAAGAUAAUAAAUGGCGUUAAUCCUAUUCGACAGCUGUGAAGUGAAUUAAAAUUCUAGAUUUAUUUGCUAGAAUUCGAAAAGAGAGCUUUAAAACAAAUCAAAAAAAUUAAAAAGUCUGGAAUUGCUCAAGGUCAAAGCGGUGCUUAGAAAUACCUGUCAGUCGUUGCUGAUACCUAGCUGGAAGUAAGCGUGUGCUACAAAGAAAAAAUGCAAAAGGACCUGAAAAUCAUCUUAGGAGGGAUUUGCCUUAUUUUGGCGGUGCAUUGCAGUAAAGCGGAGCCAAAGCAGUUGGAGUGUUGGCACUGCAGCUCGGAGACAAUUGGCGCCGAGGACUUCUGUAAAGAGAGCUUCGAUGAGGAUGGAAUACCCGAUGAGGAGAUGAGGAAGGAACACAAUAUCAAUGUCUUACGCAACUGCAGCAGCACCACAAAUUCGGAGCAUGAGCAAGCCGUUUGCCGUAAGACAGUUGAAGAGAUCAAUGGCAAAGUGGUCACAAAACGUUUCUGCUAUUACACCAACAAAUCCGAUUCCUUGGAUCGCUGCAUGGAAGAGCCAACCGAGAAGAAUGUCGUGCGGAUCUUCUGUCAGGAUUGUCAAAAGGAUCGCUGCAACAGCGCUGGCAACGAAUAUGUCACAUGGCUCAGUCAACUGCUGCCAUUGUUCUUGGCCAAUUCCAUGCGUUUUUAAGUUCUACAACUUAUGUAAUCGUAUGGCAGGAAGCGAUUCUUUGGGUUUUAUACAGUUUUGUUAGCGUAGUGAAAGUUAGUUUCUUCCUUAAAUUUAGAUAAAAAAUGUUUUUUUCUAAGAAAUACACUUACUUUGUAAGCUUCGCCUGAUACUCAUGUCUCCGCUUAAGUUCUAGUAUAAGAUAGGUUAUUUUCGUGAUCUUUAAACUUUGUGCCAUUGAAUAGCCGUAAGAAGUUAUUUAGUAAAACUGAAACAAGUAUUAUUUGAGAAUAUGUUGGAAGACAUUUAAGGGGUUAGGUGUGUUCAGCGUCAUGAAAUAAUUGAGACUUUAAGUAUUUGUUUGUCAGCAAAUUAUUUUGUUUUAAAAAAGUAAAAACAAAGCAUCUUUAAAUAAGUUUUCGAUUUGACAAGUGAUUUGUUAAUCCAGUUCCAACCAAAGCUCCGUUGACGGCGAUUACCAAAUUAAUUCUUGGAUAUUCAUUUAAAAUAAUAAUAAGUAUAAGAAGUAUAGUUUAGUUUAAAGACAAUCAGGCACUUGCAGUUUUUAAUUAGCAAAAUGGCGGCUUUAGGAAAAAUGUUUUCAGGUUUUCGUAAUAAAACCAAGAGUUAUUUGUUUAUAAUAUAUCGAAACUUUAUAACUUCUUUCAAACAGAAAUUAGGUUUUCAUGCUGUCAAAAAGCGGUACAAAUUUCAUUGAAAUCUACAGAGAGGUUCUCGAGUUUCUAUGGUCAGCAUGGCCAGUUCAUAAAAUAUAGUUUUGGGAAAAACGCGUCUUACGCAGAAUAUGUUAUUUAAUUCAUUGCAGUUUACCAAAGCACACUUGAACCCUUUACUAGUUAGCAAAUAUGUGGAAAAUAUUUGUCAUAACCAACUAGAAUCUUCAGAGAAUAUUUCUAAGAUACAUAUUAUAUAAUAUUUGGAGUAAAAUGCAAAAAUGUUUUUUAAUUCUAACUAGGCCUAACCCUGAAAUAUAUAGGUACUAAAUACCCAUUAAAACAUUACUUAACUGAACUAAGAUUGACUUAACUUAAACUAACUUAACUUGACUUAACUUAACUUAACUUAACUUAGCACAAAUAGUUUAUUUUAUGUAAUUUACUGCAAUUCUUUAAGGCUCUUAGUCAUAAGCUUGUGAAAAAUAUCGAAGAGUUGAAAUGAAAACUAUAUCACCAUUUGAAACGUUGAUAGUUCCAAGCACAACAGUGUCACCUUAGCACAAUGAUGAUUUGUUAGAUUCUUCGUUUGAACUAUGCUUCGAAACAAAUUCGUAUUUUUUUGGAACGCGGUAUCGAAUUUCGAAUUUAAAACAAACCAAAACAAUAACGAGAAUCGUAAUGAAAUCACACUCACAUUCAAAAGAAUAUUAUAACAAAUAGUCAAGAAGUAAUUGAAUCUUGAAUCUUUUACAGACAUAAGUAGCCCAGUUGUAUGUUGUUGUUAGUCGUAUUCAUAAAUAAUAUAUUAGUCAAACAAGCAAAACUCUAAAUUGUAUUCCAAAAUUGUUCAUAAUUUCAUCGCACACAUACAUAUACUGCAAACAAGUACCGUACAAUAUCAAAAUUAUCCAAUACACUCCAAUUGAAAAACCAGAAUUGCAAAAUUAAAUUGACCGAUUGCAGAGAUCU